AACACGGACCUCCCACCAGGCUGUCAUGAGGACGGAAAAUGGGCUCGAGUAUUCAUACCAACGAUCUUGCUGUGGCUUGGCGCACAAGAGGAACUCUGGACUAUUGCUGACAUUAAGCUGCUUGAUGCAUGCAAAGAAAUUUUCAAGGUCGUCUACGGGGAUAUUUGCUACAAUCUUACCAUAUCUGGGUCCGUUUUUGGUGUUGUCACACAACGUGUUGGCGAAUGGCGUAGCAACUUCGGGUCUACAGCACUUGCCCUCGCGGUUCAUUUCUGUGUCGUCAAUCAAGAUUCAGCACCAAGGGAACUUUCGACUCUCCUCCUGCACAAAUAUGCAUUUUUAUACCCUAACCCUGAAAAGAUUGACAAGGAUGAGACUUUCCGUUCUCCGUUUGUCCAAGAGCUUCUUGCUACUGCGCAUCUCGCUAAAAUCUUGGGACACGCUGACGUUCCUGUUCUCCGCACUGACAGCUUGGUUAAAAAUGGUUUCAUUGGGGCCCUGGGCUUGUGUGCAGUCUCGCUCGAACGUGCUUUCACUCUUCUCGCUGAUAGCACUGUCACUCUUGACAGCGAGGAGAACUCGGAGCUGCCGAUCAAUGUGCGGAAAGCUCGCCUCAAGACGCCCAAGACCUUCAACAAAGCUACUGGAAAGGAGACGACUUCCGAACACGCAUUCUCAGUUGCUAAAUGGAGCUCCAAGACUGCUGCAUUUGUAUGCGGGGCGAAAAAGAAGGGCACGGCGGCAACAGAGCUCACUGUCUCGAUGGCGUGGAAGGUUCUGAAAAAGCCUGGUUUCGAGAAAUACACUGGCAAUGACAUGUCCGACGAGGAUGACGAUCGCGCAGACAUUUGAUAUGCGAGCCUCACGCCUCUGGUCGAUGUCUUCUCGUUAGGACAUUUGGAUAUAUUAUUUCGUGCUUUGCGCUUGCAAUUUUCACCGUUUGGAACCGCUCAUUCGUUUUGCUCUUCCUCACUCGUCUUUUAACGUGUUUUAACGUGUUUCCAUGCCUGCGUCACUCGUUUUGCUCUUUUUCACUGGUCUUUUAUCAUAUUUCCAUGCCUUCGUCACUCUUUCAGCUGCUCUUGAUUGUCUCCUAAUGCUUCUUAGAUCCCCUUUAAUGUUGUUCAUGAUUCUGUGCCUAUCACCCAUUUUCCGCUUAUGUUCCCUUUUGCACCCUUUUUGGUGGUUUUAUCACGCAUUUUACAGUGAC